CCAAAUUGAACUCGAAACCGUAUGAUUACAUUUACAAUUGGGGCACUUAAUUGCAGCUUACAUGGCGCCAGAGGUAAUAACACUGGACAAAGGUGCGGGGUAUGGCAGAGCCGCAGAUAUCUGGAGCAUUGGCUGUGUUGUGGUUGAGAUGGCAACUGGAAAGCCUCCAUGGCCUGACUGUGACAACAACUUUGUGAUCAUGUUCAAAGUUGGUGAAGGAGCCACGCCUGCUAUCCCUGAAAGCCUGAAUGAAGAAGGACAGGACUUCUUGCUGUGCUGUUUUCUACAUGAUCCGUAUGCGCGACACACUGCCAAUCAGCUGAUGGACCACCCGUUUGUCAAGGUACAGUUGUCAAGUAUUGUUUGACUGGGCGGGGGAGGAAAGUUUGAUUUAAGUCUUUAAUUUCAUGGCGUCAUUAGACGGUUUAGAUGGGGUUUGUUUACAGUGGAAUCUCGAUUUCUGAACCUCCAAGAGAAACGAACAUUGGUUUGAAAAAUCAGGAAGCA